GCAGGCCCUGGCGGCGGAGCCGGAGCGGUCAUCGCCCGUCAGGCCGCCGCGCGUCGUCGUCCCGCGGCGAGGCGCAGCGUUUCUCCCGGCGGCGCGGCGGCUUCCGAGAGUGGGCCGCCGGGCACAGGUUUCUAAAAGGCAGAAAAAUGGAGGAAUCAGUAACCCAAAUGCAGCCGAUGCACGAGACGCAGCUCGCCAAUUCCGAAGGUGGAUGCGUGUGGCAGGUCACUGACAUGAAUCGGCUGCACCGCUUCUUAUGUUUUGGUUCCGAAGGUGGGACGUAUUAUAUCCAAGAGCAGAGGCUGGGCCUCCAGAACGCUGAAGCUUUACUUCGACUGAUUGAAGACGGCAGGGGAUGCGAAGUGAUACAGGAAAUAAAGUCAUUCAGUCAGGAGGGCAGAAACGCAAAGCAGGAGCCCACGCUCUUUGCACUCGCCAUCUGCUCCCAGUGCUCCGACACCAGCACCAAGCAAGCCGCCUUCAAAGCUGUUCCCGAAGUUUGUCGCAUCCCCACACAUCUCUUUACCUUCAUCCAGUUUAAGAAAGAUCUCAAGGAAAGCAUGCAUUGUGGCAUGUGGGGUCGUGCCCUCCGCAAGGCCGUGGCCGACUGGUACAACGAAAAAGGAGGCAUGGCCCUCGCCCUGGCAGUUACAAAAUACAAACAGAGAAAUGGCUGGUCUCACAAAGAUCUCUUAAGAUUGUCGCACCUCAAGCCUUCCAGUGAAGGACUUGCUAUUGUCACCAAAUACAUCACCAAGGGCUGGAAAGAGGUCCAUGACACAUAUAAAGAAAAAGCCCUCUCCGUGGAGACGGAAAAGUUGCUCAAGUACCUGGAGGCUGUGGAGAAAGUGAAACGCACAAGAGACGAACUGGAAGUCAUCCAUCUGAUAGAAGAGCACAGACUGGUUCGGGAGCAUCUCCUGACAAAUCACUUAAAGUCUAAAGAGGUAUGGAAAGCUUUGUUACAAGAAAUGCCUCUUACAGCGUUACUAAGAAACCUUGGAAAAAUGACCGCGAAUUCAGUGCUUGAACCAGGAAACUCAGAAGUAUCUUUAGUAUGUGAAAAACUGUGUAAUGAGAAGCUGUUAAAAAAGGCUCGUAUACAUCCAUUUCAUGUUUUAGUUGCAUUAGAAACUUAUAAAACAGGUCAUGGGCUCAGAGGAAAACUGAAGUGGCGCCCUGAUGAAGAAAUUUUGCAAGCUUUGGAUGCUGCUUUUUACAAAACAUUUAAGACGGUUGAGCCAACGGGAAAGCGUUUCCUGCUGGCAGUUGAUGUCAGCGGGUCUAUGGAGCAAAGGGUUUUGGGCAGCAUCCUCAGCGCUAGCACGGUGGCUGCAGCCAUGUGCAUGGUGGUCACACGAACAGAAAGCGACUCUUACAUAGUUGCGUUUUCAGAUGAAAUGGUACCCUGUCCACUGACUACAGAUAUGACCUUACAGCAGGUUCUAAUGGCUAUGAGUCAGAUCCCAGCAGGGGAAACAGAUUGUUCCCUUCCAAUGAUCUGGGCUCAGAAGACAAAUACCGCUGCUGAUGUCUUCAUUGUGUUCACUGAUAACGAGACCUUUGCUGGAAGUGUCCACCCUGCUGCCGCUCUGAGGGAGUAUCGAAAGAAAAUGGGUAUUCCGGCUAAACUGAUUGUUUGCGGAAUGGCAUCCAAUGGUUUCACCAUUGCCGACCCAGAUGACAGAGGCAUGUUGGACAUGUGUGGCUUUGACACAGGCGCCCUGGAUGUCAUUCGAAACUUCACGUUAGAUGUGAUCUAACCACCAGCACCAGCACAAUCCAAGAGGUCCGCUGCCAGCAGUGAUCUCACUAAAAAAAAAAUACGCAGCUACUUCCCAGCUAAUCUUAAUCCAACAAACAGAGUAAGGCGAUGGUAUAGAGUGGGAUAAUGGAAAGUUUACCUUACCAAAAAAAAAAAAAAAAAAAGAAAGGAAGGGAAGUACGAUGAGCCCAAAGUUCUUUCUGUUUCUCCUAAACUAGCUCUUGGGAAAUAGCUUCAGAAUACACUGUAGCCCCUCUAUCUAAUAGAGAACCUGUUCAUAGACACUGUAAAAUAGUUUUGCUUUGGUGAAUAAUCACAUUUGUACUUAAAAGAAACGAGAGCCAAAAGUGUAAGUAGUUCCCUAUCCUGUCACCUGUUUGAGAAAUGCUUAAAGUUUUCUUAAAUGUUUUCAUCGGUAAAGGACAGCUUUGAUAAUGUCCCCAUUCUCUGAAAUGCACUGGACCAUGUAACUGUGAUGGAAUAUGAAACUCAUCUGUAAACUCUUAUACCUAGGGAGUUAAAACGGAACCAAGAUGUUUGAUUAAA